UAAUUACAAGCGUAGAUAUUCACAAGCUAGCUAUUAGGGAAAUUCACAGACUAUUCAUUGAUUGACUCAGCAAGCGAUCUAAGAGCUGUAUAAAAACUGGAUAGUGGCAACUGGGGACAAGAAUAAAGUGUUCAGAAUCUGUCUCAAGAUGUCUCCCCACCUCCGCCUGUCGCUGGUUAUGCUAGCUGUCUUGAUGUGUCGAGCUAGGGCCCAGGCCCUCCCACUAGACCCCUCGCCUGCUGAGGGCCUCGCUGAGAGCCAUGAUCAUUGGGAUCAUAUUGUGAGGCGUAGGUCCAUUAGCUCAAUGUUUGAAACACACGAACGCGAUGAAACAUCUCACAUAGUGGACAUACAAGAGUAUUAUCGCGAAUCAUUUGAUCAAGGUUGGGACACGCACGAUCAAGAGCUAAUGCGACUACUCAAGGUGCUAGAGAGGGUCACUGCCCAGGGUGGAUCCACUGCCCAGGACAGAGCCUCUAUACAGGACGAAACAUCACACCUGCUCGAAGUCAAGGUUGACUCCAAACCUAUACAAGGUCGUUACAUUGUCAUGUUGCAGUCUGACACUGACGACUACACGUUGGAUCGUACCAUUCAAGUUCUGAGCAAAGCUAAUCGUGACAGCAACCAGAGGAUCAGGGCCUCGGACAUUCAAGCACUGCGAAACUUGCAGGGAUUUGUGGCCACCCUUAACUCGAAGACCCUAGCUUUGUUGCAACGACAUCCUCUAGUAGCACACAUUGAGGCAGAUAUGGCCGUACGGAGGUCACAGGUAGCAGUGCCUGUUGAAAAGGAGACAGGCGUUGCUGAAUCAGACUCAGCUGUGACAUGGAAUCUAGACCGUUUGGAUCAGCACACUAAUAAACUGGACGGUGUGUACAAGCCCGAGGGGACUGGAAAGAACGUAGACCUCUAUAUCAUAGACACUGGAGUCAUGGCCAGUCAUCAAGAGCUGGUUGGACGAGUACAGUACGCUGGCUAUGAUGCUGUAGAUGAUCUCACAGGCACACAGAACCACGGGGAAGACUGCAAUGGCCACGGUACCCACUGUGCUGGUACUGCCGCUGGUACAACACUGGGAGUGGCUAGAGAGGCUACUAUCUAUAAUCUACGAGCUCUCAACUGUAAAGGAACUGGUGCUGUGAGCGGUAUUGUGAAAGGAAUCGACCGAAUUAUUGCUCAACACAAGAAUGAACCGACUGGACGACCUAAAGUCAUCUCUCAGUCUCUCGGAGUCAAGACUUCGGUUAGUUUAAACCGUGCGAUUGUUGAGGCUACUAACGCUGGCAUUGUAAUGGUUGGAGCAGCUGGCAAUCAAGCCGGCAACGCUUGUGAGCACUCACCAGCCUCUGCUAAAGUAGGCAUUGCAGUGGGCGCUACUGAUCAAGCUGACAAGGUCUCUAUGUUCACCAACACUGGACCGUGCACUGACAUCAUGGCCCCGGGAAUGAGCAUCAAGAGUGCUUCAAUAUCUUGCUCAACUUGCACCAAGACUAUGAGUGGUACCUCAAUGGCUGCCCCUCAUGCUGCUGGCUAUGCUGCUAUCCUGAGGAGUUUGCAUCCACAACUAUCAGCCGCGGAGGUCAAGGAGAAGAUGAUGAAGCAAUCCACUAAAAACCACAUCAAAUUGUCGGCUGCUAUUUCUUCAAGAAACAUUGGAGAAACUCCCGAUCGAUUGCUGUACGUGGCCAAAGCAAAUGCUCCAGAUUCUGAUAUUGAUAUUGAAACAGCACAGAGCCAGUGGUUUCCCAAGUAAAGACUGUUGUGUGUGUCUAUAUAUAUAAUUAUUAUAAUAGCUAGUAGUGGGAAAUCAUCAAAGUUUUAUACAUCACUGUAACCAUAGAUGCAUUCAUUUGUUGUAAUUAGAAGUAGUCCAUGUGUCAAUGUAUCAAAUGUCAAGAAUGUUUCAUUUUAAGUGCA